AUGCACCCUGUUAAUCGGACCCACCACCUUUCAGGCAGUGUUUUCCACAUUUUUCUAUCUUUCUAUCUCCCUCUAUUUCUUUGGAUUCUCACUCUGUCUAUCUUCCUCUUUCUAUUUGCCUUUCUUUCUUUGGAUUUUCUCUCCAGUUAUUUUCUUCUUUUUGUUCAUCUUCCUUAUUUUCUUUGGUUCUGUCUCUUCAGCUCUCUUCCUCUUUCUAUCUUUGUUUUUCUUUGGAUUCUUUUUCUCCAGCUAUCUUCCUCUUUCUACCUCCUGUCCUUAUCUAUAGAUUCUUUUUUUUCAGCCCUUCUUUCCUGUCCUUAUCUUCUCAGCCCUACCUCUUUGGAUUUUUCUCCAGAUUCUUUUUCCUGUCCUAUCUGUCUUCCUCUUUCCUCUUUCUUUUCUUUUGGAUUCUUUUUCUCCAUCCCUUUCUUUUCCUUAUCUAUAGAUUCUCUCUUCAGCCCUCUUUCUCUUUCUACCUCUUUCUUUUCUUUGGGAUCCAGCUGUCUUCCUUUUGGGAUUCUUUUUCCAGCUAUCUUCUUAUGUAUUUAUCUUUCUUCCUUUGGAUUCUCUCUGCAUUCUUUCUUCUUUUUUCUUUGCUCUCUCUCUCUCUUCUACCUAUCUAUCUUUUCUUAG